ACACUACCGGCGUGGCUUAUCGCACGGGGGAAUGGGGGCUCGAAGAAAGAACGUUAGCGUCACCGGAGGCGCAGAGGGCGGCGUAGUUUAACCAGAGUGAUAAAUGCUGCAUUGCUUUUCUGUGGCAGCCCCUCUCGUGCCACCCCCUCCGCCCUCCCUACCCCACCCCCGCUCGCUCCCAGCCGCGUUCCUCCGCAAGCACAAGAGGCCCCAAACGUCGUCAUCUGCUGCUGUGAUUAGUGGCACCGCAAUUCCGGCUGCUGCGGGAAGUUUAGGUGGCCCAGGGACAGUGUGUCGCCGAAGACUCUAGGAUUGCGACAUUCUGACCAAUAACUACAUUUUCAUUUAUCCUAAAUUCUUCGGGGAGCGGAUUUCAAGUUGCCCUUUUUGGGGGCAGCCUCCAACCAGCGCCAAGGGUUCCCCCGGGCCACUGAGCGGUGAGCAAACAAGUCUCCAAAAUUUCCUUCGGAACUGAAGUUUACCCACCGCGUAUUCUCUCUUGCCAUUCUCUAGUCCAAACCAACGGCACAAUCGGUAGAAAAGCAAAAAGCCACGUUCACGUUUCUGCACCGUAAUGACGACCGCGGCGGGAGUCGCGUUUCCCGAGCCAAGGAAGCCCCGGCUGCCCCGCACCCCGUCCCCCUCCCCCCUCAGACUGCAUCGCCUUUGGGAAGAUGAAUAGCUUGGCCGAAGUUGUUUUUCCUUUCCGGUGGCCCUGAUCAGGUGUCCCCGCCCCCUCCCGCCGCCGCUCGCCUUCUCCUGACGCCCCCUCCUGGCCCGGCCCCUCCUCCCCCGCCCCCCUCCGGGCUGGACCGCGGAUGGUACGUUCCGCACGUGAGCUGGGUGCUGGUCUGGCCGGCGACGCGCGUGCCCUGUGGCCAAACACUGCCCGGAGUGAGAGCAAACUACCAUCGCAGUGGGGCCGGCGCGAGUGUGUGUGUGCGUGUGUGCCAGAGAGCAAGCGAGCGCGGGGGGGUGGGGGGACCAACUGCUUCACACUUUCGACACUGCACUGAAGAGGGAGAGCGAGAGAGAGAGAGACUGGAGACGCACCGAUCCCCCCAAGAUCUCCCAAGGCUACCGUCCCACAGAUUAUAGAACAGAGCCCCCAAAAUCGAAAGAGAAGAAACAGCGAUUGAACAUGGACGAAGGAAUUCCUCAUUUGCAAGAGAGACAGUUACUGGAACAUAGAGAUUUUAUAGGAAAGUGGUGUGGAGCGGAUGAGGGCAGAACCCCUCCCGGAAUGGGGGUGCCUGAUGCUGAUUUCUGUUUUGCAGACUGGACUAUUCUUCUUUGUAUAUGUGUAAACCCAAAAGGAGCAUGAAGCGAGACGACAGCAAGGAUACCUACAAAUUACCGCACAGAUUAAUAGAAAAGAAGAGAAGAGACCGAAUUAAUGAAUGCAUUGCUCAGCUGAAAGAUUUACUGCCUGAACAUCUGAAAUUGACAACACUAGGGCAUCUGGAGAAAGCGGUAGUCUUGGAAUUAACUUUGAAACACUUAAAAGCUUUAACAGCCUUAACCGAGCAGCAGCAUCAGAAGAUAAUUGCUUUACAGAAUGGGGAGCGAUCUCUGAAAUCGCCCAUUCAGUCCGACUUGGAUGCGUUCCAUUCGGGAUUUCAAACAUGCGCCAAAGAAGUCUUGCAAUACCUCUCCCGGUUUGAGAGCUGGACACCCAGGGAGCCGCGGUGUGUCCAGCUAAUCAACCACUUGCACGCUGUGGCCACCCAGUUUUUGCCUACCCCCCAGAUGUUGACUCAACAGGUCCCUCUGAGCAAAGGCACUGGCGCUCCCUCCGCCCCCGCCCCCACGGGGUCCGCGGCCGCCCCCUGCCUGGAGCGCGCAGGGCAGAAGCUCGAGCCCCUCGCCCACUGCGUGCCGGUCAUCCAGCGGACUCAGCCCAGCGCCGAGCUCGCCGCGGAGAACGACACGGACACUGACAGCGGCUACGGCGGCGAGGCCGAGGCCCGGCCAGACCGCGAGAAGGGCAAAGGCGCAGGGGCGAGCCGCGUCACCAUCAAGCAGGAGCCACCCGGGGAGGACUCGCCGGCGCCCAAGAGGAUGAAGCUGGAUUCCCGUGGCGGCGGCGGCCCGGGGGGCGGCGCGGCGGCGGCGGCGGCAGCACUCCUGGGGCCAGACCCGGCCGCCGCGGCCGCGCUGCUGAGACCCGACGCCGCCCUGCUCAGCUCGCUGGUGGCGUUCGGCGGAGGCGGGGGUGCGCCCUUCGCGCAGCCCGCCGCAGCGGCCCCCUUCUGCCUGCCUUUCUACUUCCUUUCGCCUUCCGCGGCCGCUGCCUACGUGCAACCUUUCCUGGACAAGAGUGGCCUGGAGAAGUAUCUGUACCCCGCGGCGGCCGCCGCCCCGUUCCCACUGUUGUACCCCGGCAUCCCCGCCCCAGCCGCCGCCGCCGCCGCCGCCGCUGCCGCCGCCGCAGCCGCCGCCUUCCCCUGCCUGUCCUCCGUGUUGUCGCCCCCUCCCGAGAAGGCGGGCGCGGCUGCCGCCGCCGCGACCCUCCUGUCGCAAGAGGUGGCGCCCCCUGGGGCGCUGCAUCCCCCGCAUCCUCACGGUCGCACCCACCUGCCCUUCGCCGGCCCCCGCGAGCCGGGGAACCCGGAGAGCUCUGCUCAGGAAGAUCCCUCGCAGCCAGGAAAGGAAGCCCCCUGAGUCCUUGCGCCUGCCCUUAGAAAGGAUUGAGGUUUAAGCGGAAUAAUAAUACAAAACACCCUUAACGUUUUUAAGGAAGGAAGCGUAAUAGAUGCACGACAGGCUUAAGGGGGGAAAAACAGGUGUUUUGUGUACAUUUGGAGUUCUUGUUUUGCUCAUUUCUCACCACCCCACCCUCCGCACACUAAUACCCGCCCCCACCACCCACAACAGCUGUAAAAGAUCCUCUGCGAUAGCUAUUGGUUCUUUUUUUCUUUAAAUAGUCCCCCUGAUAAGUUUUGCCUCAUUUUAGGCCAUGUUCCAUUAUCUUUUAAGAUGUGCAACCUAAUUCUAAAGGAAAUAAGAAGGGUCUUCUCUGUGGGUGAGCUCAUUGAACCAGAGAGGGGAGAAGGUGCCAAGUUCACUACUGACUGGAGUUGAUAGGGGACAGCAAGUAGUUGUUACAUAGAGCCAGUUUCAGAGCUGCUCUGCCUGUUUUAGGAUGCGAUCCACAAACACAUUGAGGAUCUUUUUAAAUUCAGCUUUUUGAAAGGCAUAUAUUUUUUCAAAGAAGUGAGGAUGCAGUUACCCACAUUGCGACCUAUUCUGAAAUGGUUAAAUGGUAUCUUUUACUAACUUGUACAUGUUUUAAGAGACACGGAGUUGGGCCAUUGUCAGCACCAAGUCAGGGAAGAUGGAUGAGGAAGCCCAGAACCAUUAUUACCAUCUUGUGCUCGCACUUUAUUGAGAAAUUGACCAUGAAUCAGUCAGUUCAUCUUACUUCUUAUUUCUCACACACACAAAUAUAUGUUACAUAUGUUACGUAUAUGUUACAUAUAUAUAUAUCUGAAGUGCAUCUAUUCUCAUUUAAUCCAUCUUGUUUCUAAAUUUUUGUAAUCUUACUGUAAAAAAAAAAGUGCACGAACUUUAAAAAGAAAACCAGUCAAACUGAUUUACCCUAUAUUCUUGUUAG